CCUUCCUGGCCAAAUGCGUCAAAGUGAUCCCUCUCGGGCCAACCACGCCAAAGUGAUCCCUCAUUUUAUUUAGUGUGUGUGAUUUGUACUUUAUUUAUUGAUUUUAUCGGAUGUGUGUGUUUAAUUUGUAUUUUAUCUAUUGGUUUUAUCUUAUUAGUAUGUGUGUUUUUGUAUCUUUUGUUUCAGUCUGCCUCUCUGUACUCCCAGCAGUAGUUUUCACUGUAAUUGUUGCACCCACUGUGGACAUGCUUGUUUCAGGUAUCAGAAGGGUUAAUGGAGCUGGGUGGGGGUUGGUGGUGUUUUUUUUUCCUUUUGUGCUGGAAUCCUUUUGUUUAGUUUUUGUCCUCAAAGGGGGAAGCUGAGUGUUUACCCUUUUAUUGUGCUUUUUUGUUUUCUAAACCUUUGUGUGUCAUUGCUGCUCUGACCUUCGAAGACACUGGUAAACCUCCAAAAUCUCAUGCUGAAAAUCUAACUGUUAUCUAAAUGAUAAAAAAUAGAAAGUAUCACAGACAGAAAACUCAACUGUGUUGUUACAAGUAGAGCACUAAUGCGGCUCCAAUCACCUGAGGCGGUGGAGGACUCUGUGACCCGGAAGGAGAAUCGUCUCUUCCUGUGUUUCCGGGCGGCGAGAACCAGGAAGUGAUCUUCUCACAAGACACCGGAUGAGCACCGAGGAGGAGGAGAGGUGACUUCUGAACCGAGAGGAAGAGCCCGAAAUUUCUGGAGGAUUCCCCCGUGGAAUGAGGAUUAUUGUAUGACGGCUACAGGGAUCUGACACCGCCGGGUUGUACACCAUGACUGACUCCGAGGUCCUUCACUUUCGCUUUGAGCAGCAAGCAAAUGGAAUAUUACACAAGAUGAACAUUCUCCGGGAGCAGAAUCUGUUCUGCGACGUGUCCAUAUACAUCAACGAUGCCGAGUUCCAUGGACACAAGGUGGUCUUCGCCGCCUGCUCCACCUUCAUGAGGGAUCAGUUUCUGCUGAACCAGUCCAGGCAAGUUCACAUCACCAUCCUCCAAAAUGCGGACGUGGGCCAGAAUCUGCUGCUCUCCUGUUACACCGGGGUCCUGGAGGUAAGAAGAAAAGAACUCCUGAAGUACCUAACGGCGGCCAGCUACCUGCAGAUGGUCCACAUUGUGGAGAAAUGCACAGAAGCCCUCUCUCGGUACUUGCAAAGCGAGACGUGUGACAACGCGAUGGCCCUGAAACCAGAAGACAACCCUCGUAGCGAGCCUCAGAUGGACACCGCCGGCGAUCAGGAUAAAGAUUGCGAGAUCAUCGAAUUGUCGGAAGACAGCCAGUUAAACAUGGAUUUCCAGGUUAAGAAAGAGGAGGACGACCAGGAACAGUUGCAGAGCCCCGGUUCCAAAAACGAAGAUCUCUCGGCUGUGGACAUCGACUACAAAGAAGGCGACAUCUGUGUUUUCCAAAUGGGCUCCAUGUCCGAUAACGCAAAUAACGCCGAGAACGAUCAGUUCCCUCAACCUUGCACCUCUUCCAAGUCAAACAUCUACUUUUCGGACACGCAGCACUCAAUAAUAAACUCUACCGUUGAAAACCGCGCGCCGGAUGUGCAAGGCGGCCCGUACCCGAGCUACCAAGAAGGCGGGGGGGAAUCGUCCGCCGGUGCCAUGCAAGGCCUUCAGAGCCCAGCAGAAUGGACUUGUUCCUGGAGGCACCAGUGCCCAAAGUGCCCCCGCGGCUUCCUCCACUUGGAGAACUACCUGCGCCACUUGAAGAUGCACAAGUUGUUCCUGUGCCUGCAGUGCGGGAAGACGUUUACCCAGAAGAAGAACUUGAACCGGCACAUCCGUGGGCAUAUGGGCAUCAGGCCGUUCCAGUGCUCGGUGUGCCUGAAGACUUUCACGGCCAAGAGCACCCUGCAGGACCACCUCAACAUUCACAGCGGGGACCGGCCUUACAAGUGCCACUGCUGCGACAUGGACUUCAAGCACAAGUCCGCUUUGAAAAAGCAUCUCAAUUCGGUUCAUGGGAAAAACGGGGGAGAUAAGUCAAGCUUGGACAUUACAAAGGUCACCAUAGAUUAUGACUAGGGAGGUAGAGUGUAGAACGGAGACAUGCAAUUGGCGGACCUUCAUGUCCCAUCAUGCCUCUGGGUGUCAUGCUUGUGGCUGUCAGAGUCUUGCUAUGCCUCAUGGGACUUGUAGUUCUGCAACAGCUGGAGGUCCGCUAAUUGCAUAUCACUGCUGUAUGAAGAUUGCGGUGCAUUUUAUUGAACCAUCC